CAUUCUGGAGUGACGGUGCCUGAACCCCCUCCCAACCCAUUCAGCCAUGUUGGCCUGCUUGCAGAGAACGCAGAACCCCCCCAGCCAGCACCUGGCGUGUCCUAACAAGACCCUGGAGCCGCGUAAAUGUGAAGCCGUGGCUCCCACGCACUCUCCGCGGUAUCCCAGCCCAGCUGAACUGGAUGCCUAUGCCCAGAAAGUGGCUAACAACCCCCUCACCAUCAAGAUCUUCCCCACCAACAUCAGGGUCCCACAGCACAAGCACCUUAAUCGGACGGUGAACGGGUACGACACGAGCGGGCCGCGCUACAGCCCGUACCCCGUGCACGCCAGUGGCUACCAGGGCCUCUUGGCCAUUGUCAAGGCCUCCUCCAGCAAAGGUGUGGUGAAGAGCUUGGAGGGGAAGCGGACUAAGAUGUCCCCCGCCCACGUGGCCAUCGCCCCCUACCCGGUGUCGAGCACUUUAGCCCAAGGCCCCCCUUGCACCGGCCAGCUGAGCUUCCACAGCAGCCAGAAGCAGAUGGAGGCCCCAGUGCCCCCCAACAUCACAGUGGCCGCUUCGGUGAUCCCGCACACAGGGAGGAAUUUGGCGUUGCCGCAGUCCAACCUGCCCUCCAUCCAGAACAUCAUAUUCCAGAUCAAUCAGCAGUGUCAGGCCCAGAACCCUCAGCCGGUGUGCCAGGGAGUCAUGGUGACUAACCCCAGUCCCGCCAAGCACGGCGCCACCAACGGCUUUACCAGCAUGGCGACGGUGGGCGCCGCAGUGGCCUACGCGGGCGCCGUGCUGCCCGAUUGCCGCAAAGGGGCGGAGCUGGUGGUGGGCUCCACCCCCGGCACCGGGCUGGGUUCCAAAUCCGGCCUCUACCCAGACAGCAUGGACUACCUGCUUUGGCAGCAGAAGCAGCAGCAGCAGCUGCGGAUGUACAGUGCGGGCAGCGGGGGCGGGGGCGCAGUCAGCAAGUCCCCGGAAAUGUGCGCCGGGGGGGUCCUGCGUGCCUACCCCAUGACGGGUGCCGCCGACAAGGUGAGCUCGUCCCCUUUGAACUGCGUGGGCCUGCAUGGGAACUUCUCCAUGGGGCAGUAUUUUGCCCCCCCUUGGAACAGCAUCCUGGUCACACCCAACAGCGACUGCUACAAUCCCCAGGAGCUGGCGAACGGGCAUCGCGAGCUGGGGGUGCACCCCUCAGACGGGCUCCCCAGUUUGCCCAGUAAGACCCUCUGCAAUACCUCCAUCCUGAGCAGUAGCCUCCAGUCUCUGGAAUAUCUCAUCAACGACAUCCACCCCCCUUGUAUCAAAGAGCAGAUGUUGGGCAAAGGCUACGAAACAGUGUCCGUGCCGCGGCUCUUGGACCACCAACACGCCCACAUCCGCCUGCCCAUCUACAGAUAAGAGCCGCCGGCACCCUCUUCUGAACCGAA